AUAGUACAUAGCCUCUGUCGACGACGGUUCUCAUACAUGAACCGAACAUUACCGAACUUUAACGAUCUUCGCCGAGGAAGGAAACAAUUUCGUUUAAGGAAAAUGGAUAGCACUUGUGGAGAAUUUAACCCUGCAAUGGACAAUCGUGAUAAAUACACAGAAUCAAUAGAACUGUCCAACAAAUGUCGAGAGUUUUACAGACGUAGAAUGGAGAGCAUGGAAAUGUCUAAACAGCGACUAUCCCCGACUCUCCGAUCCGGAAAUAAGACCAAGAAAUCAUCAAUUGACGUUGCUAUGGAAAAGUUGGGUACAGAAAUGACCUCCCUAAUGGACCAGGACAUGUCCCUGAUGAAGCAGCUCCUGAUGCUGAACGAGGCUAUCGAGGAGUUGAAAUUCAAUCGUCGCUAUAGCAACAGUUCCCUCCCUGAUAGCUCAGGUGACAUUGUCAGUGACUCGGACGACGGAUCAGUGUCCGAGACAGACAUGUUUGUGUCAGAAGAAGACUUAGUCAAAAUGUGCAACAACUGUCAUCUUGGUAACGUUCUGACAAACUCUGUAUCUGCAUCAUCAUGUGACAAUAUCAACCGAGUAUCAACAAAACAGAGCAACGUCAUUCACAGUGACGUAUUCCUGGACAACACGACUCACGACGAGCAAAACGUUUCAUAUGAUUCAGGGUUCGAGUCUAGCUAUGUGUCGUCAUGAAACUACAUCACGUGACACUUUUCGAACUAAAGACGCAUUGGUGCUAUACAUUUUUUACAAACACGUGCGUGCACGGCCUGGAAUACCCUUUACAGUUUCCGAUUUUAUACAACGAUGGUGAUCGCCAGACGACAGAUGUUUACAAUGUAUCACAUCCUUCGUCACCGUACCGCAAUAGAGCUGCUUGUCUGAAACCACUGGACUGGAAUAUAGAGUACACAAAAAUAACAUGAGAGAAUUAACUCAUUCGGACUUAAUUGGCUUUGAUAACUUAUACGAUAAUUGGAAUUCUAUGGAAAAUAAGACUGAAAAAUGCAGAAUAAAAUAUCCUAUUAUAAUUUAAGAACCAUGUAAAACAACUAUGAAUUAAAUUCGUAUACCGUGAUAAACUUUGGUACGCUAGGACUGACGGACGAGCAGCUUCAGAUGCGGUACGGACAUCCAUUAUACAUUCCGACCGGCUGACCAUGUCGGCUACCUAUCAUUGUACAUUAAGUAGUGCUGUGGUGUCUUACCCGCGAUAGUAGAGGUUUUGCCUUCAAACUUUGGUUAACUCCAAACCCGACGGUAUCCACAGAGUGGAUAGACUAAAAAGGUGUAACACACCCUGCUGGGGCAGGGAACCAUGACCCUGGGGAAAAUGAAGCCACGGCCCCGGGGUGUGGUCAUGAACCCGUAUGAGUACCAAACGAGCCGUAAACGACGUGUAGAUACUCAUACGGAGAUCAUACAAAACAAAUAUGUUUCGUUGAAUAAAAUUGUACAACAAUAAUAUAGAGACGAGCAAAAAAUAACUCACAAAAACUAGAUCGAGUAACAGAUGAGUCAGAAACUUAUACAAAAUACACGCGAGCCAGUGUUACUCAUUGGGUAAAAAAAAGUCACUCUCAAGAUUUUCACGUGAGUCUGGAACUCAUGCGAGUGGCAGAUUGCUCAGAAAUUCGCGCAAAGUCAAACACGCAUCUGAGCAGCAGAUAAAUCAGUAGCGCGUGAGAAGCGUACGAGUCAGUAACUCAUGAGUAGCGUACAGAAACUCAGAUGAUACAAUUGUAUGUGGCGCAAAUGAGCAACUCUCUCAUCUGACAUACGAGUUGGAAACACGUGAGUAACUGAAAACUCAGACACUCGCCACUGAGUAACUGUGGAAAAUCACAUGUAUCAUUUGAGUAUUAAACUGGUAAGCCCAGCACACACCUUCAAAAAAGUUUCUGACAACAAUUUAAACCACAGGAGUGUAAUUCUUAUAGCAAUUUAUCGUGGCAAAGCUUGAAUCAACACGUGAUGGCGCUGAGAACGACGGCCUCGUAAAUAUAUCAAUGUUAUUUUGAAAGUCCGGGUGUGUGCUGGGCACAUCCGGGUUCUGAAGCUCCUUCGAAUACCCGGAAACAGAAUUUCGAACGAUUUCGGAUCAGAGAGACUUAGGAUGGAUUUUCACGUUUGAUAUAAAGUGACUAGCUGUAAUUCGAGCUGUAUUAGAUAUUUGUUUUUGUUCAAAGUAAACAAGAUUUUUAAAAAUCAGAAGCUAUAUGCCUGACAAACGUGAUUGAUUCCGUGACGUGUUCCAUCCUAGGUUAUCUGUGGUAACGAGACAACAACAUCAGAGUCUCUCCCGCUCUCAGAUACACGUAUAACAUGAUGUGAUCAAGUUGAACGUAAAAAAACAAAAUCGUAUGUUCACAUUAAUUCGAAUAAGAAAAAGCAAAUCACUUAAAAUUCUUUGGUUAUUUAAGCAAUUUUUAAUUAAGCGUAAAAAAAUACCAUUGAUCAUAAUACUAAAGAUAACGGUAAACCCCCACCCCCUCCCCCAUCCCCCCAAUCUCCUCAGUUCCGCUAUAUGUAAUAUAGGGGAACUUAUUUCAAAUUCAAACAAACAAUUUCAAUGAUGUUUAGAUUUUAAGUUUUAUUGCAUGAUGUUUUGGAUAACGAUGAUUUCUUUUAUCUGUUUUGUUUUUAUUUCACACUGUUUUUAGUGAAAAGAGAUGUAGAUGUGUAAUUUUUCAUGUGUA